UCUGCCCUCUUCAACUUCCAGUCCCUGCUGCUGGUCAUCCUCCUCUUCAUCUGCACAUGCUCUUAUACACACGGUGUCUUUCCCGCAAUCAUGGAUAAGCACAAGGAUGGCUUCACAUCUGUCUUCUGGAGAGCGGCCCGUAUUGGCGAACGUUUGAGUCCAUACAUCAGCGUCUGCUGCGUCGUCAUGGCCGUACGUUUUAUCUUGGACAUCCUUCUGAACUGGCUUGCUAAUUCCUCGCAGGGCAGAAUCUUCAUCGGACAAUAA